ACGAAGAAAAGUAGUAUUUGUAGUUGCCUAUUCUUGUGUGUAGUGUCUACGAAACAUUGAUAUAUUUGACAUUUGUAUAUUAAUAUCGACCCGUCCUGUGAACGAGUAACAAACAACAGGCAACAACAUCUGGAAAAUAUCUAACAAGUUCUUGUGAUAUACAACUGUGCACAUAAGUUCCAGUGCAACAUUUGAAGAUGUCAAGCUCCAAAAAACUGGUCGAACUUUUCUACGACGUUGUCUCUCCGUACUCCUGGCUGGCUUUCGAGGUGCUUUGUCGGUACAGAAAUGUGUGGAAUAUUGACCUCAAACUUCGACCCGCUUUUUUGGGUGGAAUCAUGCAGGGAUCAGGUAACAAGCCUCCUGCCAUGGUUCCCAAUAAGGGCAUGUACAUGACCACAGAUCUCACCCGUCUGGCUCAGUACUUCAGCGUCCCUUUGGUGCAGCCUGCAGAUCCAUUUGAGGCCAUGUUUAAGAAAGGCUCUCUGGCAGCGAUGCGGUUUGUGAUGGCAGUGGCCGAAAAGGAGAAGGAUGGAGACGUGAAGGUGGAGAAGGUGUCCAGAGAACUCUGGAGGAGAAUAUGGAGUGUGGAUCAGGACAUUACCCAGCCUGCAUCGCUGUCCGAGGCGGGGCUUAAGGCGGGUCUUUCGUCCAGUGAGAUAGAGGAGCUGCUCGCUAUGGCCAAGUCUCAGCCAAUCAAAGACAAGUUGAAGAGCGUCACCCAGGAAGCACUGGACCGUGGGGCAUUUGGUUUCCCUAUGACUGUGUGUCAUGUAAAUGGAAAAGCUGAAAUGUUUUUUGGCUCUGACAGAUUUGAGCUGAUGGCUCAUUGCAUUGGAGAAAAGUGGGUGGGGCCACAGCCCUACAAGCCAACUGCCAAAAUGUGAAAUUCUGUCUGUUUCUGUUUUUAAAGAUUUCUCUUUGUUUCUGAAUAUAUGUCAGUAAUAAAGAGUGUAAAUAGCGA